CCUCUCCGUCGUAGGCCGAGGACGUCUCGUUAUAAUUCGCAGACCAUAACCCAAUCGCGACAAUAUGCAGGAGUUUGAAGCUACAGAGCACCAACACGUGAGGUACAACCCGCUGAAGGAUGAAUGGAUUCUGGUAUCCCCGCACCGCUGCAAACGACCCUGGAGCGGCCAGACCGAGCUGCCCCCAGAGGAACAGCCCCCGGACCCCAAUAACCCUCUGAGGGCUGGAGCUGUGCGGUCCAAUGGACAGAGAAACCCGAACUACACAUCAACGUACGUGUUCCCGAACGAUUUCCCAGCUCUCCUGGAGAGAGUGCCGGAGCCGCCAGCUCCAGACCAUCCCUUAUUCCAGGCGACGCAGGCCAAAGGAACUUGCAGAGUAAUGUGUUUCCACCCGGACUCUGCUAUGACAAUACCACUGAUGUCUGUUAAAGAAAUUCUGGCUGUUAUUGACGAAUGGAUCAACCAGUUACACGAGCUGGGUAGACGCUACACAUGGGUGCAAAUCUUCGAAAACAAGGGAGCAAUCAUGGGGUGUUCUAACCCCCAUCCCCACUGCCAAAUAUGGGCAUCCAGCUUCCUACCUAACGAGCCUAGGAUAAAGGAUAGGUGCCAAAAGGAAUUUUACACAAAGUACGGCAAACCUUUGCUAGUGGAUUAUUUGAAUCAGGAAAUGAUGAAGAAAGAAAGGAUAGUUCUCCAGAACUCCGAAUGGGUGGCCCUAGUCCCGUACUGGGCCGCUUGGCCUUAUGAGACGAUGGUGUUGCCCAUAAACAAUAGACCGCAGCGCAUGUCCGACCUCAACGACAACCAAAAGAUGGCGCUGGCUGAGAUAAUGAAACAACUCUGCACGAAAUAUGACAAUUUGUUCAACUGCAGCUUUCCCUACAGCAUGGGAUGGCAUGGUGCCCCUACAGGUUCGUCCAGGAAGCCAGGCGACGCCCCCCACUGGCUGUUCCACGGUAUUUACCUGCCGCCACUGCUGCGUUCGGCAACUGUGAAGAAGUUUAUGGUCGGCUACGAGAUGCUAGCCCAGCCCCAACGGGACUUGACUCCGGAGCAAGCUGCUGAAAGGCUGCGGGAAUGCGAUCACUUAGUUCACUACAAGAAUAAAUAGAUGCUAAAAAAUAGACAUAUUAAUAGUUGUAAUUUGGGUGUGCAAAAUCUGUAAACUAAAUUUACAAAUGUAAAAUUGGUUUUUGCCUGUCAAAAAAGGUUAUGAAAAUUGUUGUAACUGAAGGAUAUGUUAUUAUAGCUAAGUAUACUAUUUUAUUAUAUCUAAUUAAACAUCUAUGUUAAAUAGACAGCUGUAAAAUUUAUGACAUCUGUUUUUUUAUGUGCCAGAAAUGUUAAUAGUUUAAAAUAAGUUGUGCACAACUCUUAACUAAAUUAACAGGUGUAAAAAUAAUGUUAUCUCUGUCACAACGUUACCUUUCGAAAAGGAUGGUGAUAAUUUGAAUACAGCUUUAAAUGUAUGGUUCUUUUAUACAAAGUUGCGGCCCGCUGCCUCGAAGAAAUUGCUUAGAGUAAUAAGGCCGCCUUUGCAUGCUUUCAUUUUUAUAUUAUGUUAUCUGUAUCCUAUUAUGUUUUGCGUACAAUAAAGUGUUUCGUCUUCCCAUGUGGUGCAAAAAAUGCUAAUAAUGUUAAAUAAGGCGUGCACACCUUAAUUGACAGAUAUAAUUCCUGUUUUAGAAGAUGGCAUUACAGAGAGUUAAGAAAAGUCGGACUAGCAGAUUUAAAGAUUUUUUUACUAGUACUCAUUUAUACUGUAUGUAAUGCGCUCGUUUUUUUUUAUUUCUGACGUUUCUAGAAAAUGUAGGUUUCCAUGUUAAAAAUUUAAAAUUAAAAAAAAAAAUUAAUUUAUUCAGAUAAUAAUAGUGUCGUUUUAACUCUGUAUCUGUAUCACCAACGUUCUAGCCAAUAUUAGCAUUUAGCGCCAAUUUCCUGUUACAUGUUUUAUUAUCAUACGAAUUACGUAUCAUGUACUUAGACUUACGUAACUAGUUAGAUAAUAAUUUAUCGUAAUUGAAUUUUCUACCACAGUUGCUAAGGUACAUAAAUUAUUAUUUUUUCAA